CUGAGGCACCUUUAUGCCUUAGAAGAACAAUUUCCCUAUCUAAACAUUCAAUACAUAAAAAAGAGCAAAACUCUACUACUUUGGUUCCCUGUGUUCAAUCCUUGAAACAAGAUUCAAAGAUGGGUUUAUCGAUUUCUCGGCUCAUGAGAUCAUUUUUCGCCAAGAAAGAAAUGAGAAUUCUGAUGGUGGGACUUGAUGCAGCUGGAAAAACAACCAUCUUAUACAAGCUUAAACUUGGAGAGGUUGUUACUACAAUUCCCACAAUAGGAUUCAACGUUGAAACUGUUGAAUACAAAAAUGUGAGCUUCACAGUCUGGGAUGUGGGAGGUCAAGAUAAGAUUCGACCAUUAUGGAGACAUUACUUUCAGAACACUCAGGGCCUAAUCUUUGUAGUGGACAGUAAUGACAGGGAAAGGAUUUCAGAAGCUAGAGAUGAGCUCCACAGAAUGCUUAAUGAGGACGAACUACGCUACUCGACACUGCUGGUAUUUGCCAACAAGCAAGACCUACCAAACGCCAUGAGUGUUUCUGAGAUCACUGAUAAACUCGGUCUGCACUCAAUGCGCCAGCGCCGCUGGUACAUUCAAGCAGCCUGUGCAACAGCUGGCCAAGGACUCUAUGAAGGUCUUGACUGGCUAUCAAGCAACAUCUCAACCAAGGCAUGACAACAAGUCAUGUAAUCUCCUCUUAAUCCCUUGCUAUUUUUCUACUCAAACAAACAAGUUUUCAUAAUGUAUAUGAAAAACAUAAAACAACAGUGAUCAUCAAACCAGAGAGUCACCAUCACCAAGCUACACUAAUACAUAUGUGUAACUUUCUUGUACUAUGAUCAAUCAUUAUCUUACAUUCCAGUAGUAAAAAUCCUGACUUUGUUAAAUGGGGUUAUUAAAUAUUGUUGUAGCUAUAUGAUUAUCCACUUCAA